AUGGCGAGCAGCACGACGAGCAUGAGCGUCCGUCUGCCUUGCGUCAUGACCAUCCGACGGAGCGGAGGAGUGCCCGAGUACAGUACGUGUACGCCAGCAAUACCGGCCGACGUGACGGCCACGCCAUGCGACGCUCGAUUCCGCUGCUCCACCACACCUGCUUGCUCCCUCUCGGCUUCUGCUCUCCGGCGGCCGCCAGUCUCUCGCCCGGUCGUCGACGACGCCUCUGCUUCCUUCGCUCACCUCCUCUUCCUCCCCGGGCUCCUUCUGGAGCCGAAGCCGAAGCCGAAGCCGAAAGUGAAGGCGAAGCUGCCGCACGAGAACAUCAUGUCUUCGCCGCUCCGGCUUCUCGUCCUGGCCGCCGCCGCCGCCGCUCCUGCCGUCACGGCCCUCUACGUCAACGGCUCGACGGUGGUGCCGUGCGACUCGCCCAUCUACUGCCAUGGCGAUAUCCUGAGGGAGGUGGAGCUGGCCCGGCCGUUUAGCGACUCCAAGACGUUCGUCGACAUGCCCGCCAUCAGACCUCUCGACGUCAUCCGGGCCGCCUUCGACAAGCUUCACAAGCCGCUGAAGAACGACUCGGCCCUCCACGAAUUCCUCAAGACGCACUUCGCCGACGCCGGCGGCGAGCUCAAGGAGGUGCCCCGGUCCAAGCUCACCACCGACGCCGUGUUCCUGCGCGGCAUCGAGGACGUCGACAUUCGCGAGUUCACGGCAAAGGUCAUCGACAUCUGGCCGAGCCUGACGCGCGAGUACGCCGGCAGCCGCCCUGACUGUCCCGACUGUCCCAGCAGCUUCAUCCCCGUCAAAAAGCCGUUCGUCGUCGCCGGCGGCCGCUUCCGCGAGCCCUAUUACUGGGACUCGUACUGGAUCCUCGAGGGCCUGCUGCGCACCCGUGGCUCCUUCACCGACAUCGCCCGCAACACCAUCGAAAACUUCCUCGACCUCAUCGAGCAGUUCGGCUUCAUUCCCAACGGCGCCCGCAUCUAUUACCUCAACCGCUCGCAGCCGCCCAUGCUGGCCCAGAUGAUCGGUCUGUACCUCGAGCACACCAACGACAAGUCCAUCCUCGACCGCGCCCUGCCGCUGCUCGUUCGCGAGCACGACUUCUGGUUGCAGAACCGCACGGUCGAGAUCCGGCGAGCUGGGUCCACCUAUCACCUCGCCCGCUACGCCGUGCGCAACACCCAACCGCGACCCGAGUCCUUCCGCGAGGACUACAACCAGGCCACGAAUGCCUCCUUCCACGCUACCUCGCGCAUAGUGUACCCGCAGGUCGCAGCCCUCGACGAGGAGCAGCAGGAGCAGCUGUAUGGCAACCUGGCCGCCGCCGCCGAGACGGGCUGGGACUUCUCGUCGCGUUGGCUCGCCAACCCGUCCGACUCGGCCCGCGACGUCUACUUCCCGCUGCGCUCCCUGAACACGGAGAACAUCGUUCCCGUGUGCCUCAACUCCAUCCUGUACGGCAACGAGCGCGUCAUCGGCGACUUCUUCGCCCUCGGCGGCAACGACACGGCCCGCGACCUGUGGCACGCCCGCGCCGACGCCCGUAGCGAGGCCAUGACGGCCCUGCUCUGGAACGAGACGCACUUCAGUUACUUUGAUUACAACAUCACGGCCGCCGCCCAGAACAUCUACGUCCCCUUCGAUGAUCACGUCGACAGCUGCGCCGACCCCUGCGCCGCCGCCAAGGCCGGCAACAAGGUCAUCUUCCACUCGGCCCAGCUCUUCCCCUUCUGGCAGGGUGCCGCUCCCGCCCGCCUCAAGCAUAACCCGCUCGCUGUCAAGCGCGCCUACGCGCGCGUCGCCGACCACCUCGACUCCAAGGCCGGCGGCGUCCCUGCCACGAACAUCCGGACGGACCAGCAGUGGGACGAGCCGGCCGUGUGGGCGCCGCUGAUGCACGCCAUGAUGCAGGGCCUGCUCAGCACGCCCCCGACGUUCGGCUGCGACGAUCCCGCCUACCGCGACGUGCGCGCCUUGGCCCUCGCCCUCGCCCAGCGCUACCUAGACUCGACCUUUUGCACCUGGUACGCCACGGGCGGCUCGACGUCGGCCACGGAUAAGCUGCCAUGGCUCACCGAUAAGGACGUCGGCGUCAUGUUUGAAAAGUACAACGACGACUCCACCAACGUUGCCGGCGGCGGCGGCGAGUACGAGGUCGUCGAAGGCUUCGGCUGGACCAAUGGCGUGCUGAUCUGGGCCGUCGAUACCUUUGGCAACGACCUGAAGCGGCCCGACUGCGGCGAUAUCAAGCCCACCCUCCACGAUGCCGGGAAGAAGCGGAGCGCCGUUGAGCUGCAUGCCAGCGAUGCUAGCCGCGUCAAGAAGUUUGGCAGCAGGGCAUUACGUUAG